CUGAAAUGAUUUACUAGCCAAUAAAUGAUAUGUUAAACCAUAAUGUGAUAGUGAUUUAAACUGUUAGUUAAACAACACGGUGUGAUUGGUGUCAGCAUAGAGGCGCUCCUAACCCUGCUAGCUGGUGAGAUGGAGUCCAGUGAGGCCGGGGACAGGGCCAGGUUCGGGGGACAGAGAGUAGGAGCGGGCUCCUUGGUGGCAGAGGAGAACUACUUCCUAGGUUACACCUUUACAGACCGCUCUCACUCCAGCCGCGUGGUGCAGAGCAUCAUGGACCUAUGUCUGCAGGACGGCCUGUUUGCUGACGUGACGGUGAAGGUGGACGGGAGGGAUUUUAACCUGCACCGCCUGGUACUGUCAGCCCAGAGCAGCUUCUUUAGAUCCAUGUUCACGUCCGACCUGAGAGAGGCUCACACCCGUAGCAUCCAACUGAAGGAUGUCAGCGCAUCAGUCUUCCAGCUGCUGGUAGACUACAUCUACCACGGGACGGUGAAGCUGACCGUGGAGGAGCUGCAGGACACCUAUGAGAUGGCUGACAUGUACCAGCUGACUGCUCUGUUUGAAGAAUGCUCCCGCUUCCUGUCACGCACCGUAGAUGUCAAGAAUUGCCUACAGGUGAUGUGGCUAGCAGACAGACACAGUGACCAGGAGUUGUAUACUGCAGCCAAACAUUGUGCUAAAAUCCACCUGGUCCAACUUCAACAGACCGAUGAGUUCCUCAACCUGCCACUGUGUCUCCUCAUGGACAUUAUCAAAGAUGGUGUUCCAACCUCUCAGAACCCCAAGGUAGCCAUCCAGUCCUGGAUCAACCACAACAAGGUGGAGAGAGAAGAGUUCUCCACUGUUCUCCAGGAGAACCUCAAGGAGAUUGGUGAGAAGGUGCACAUCUACCUGAUAGGUAAGGAGGAGACGAGGACCCAUUCCCUGGCCAUUUCCCUGCACUGUGACGAGGACGAUGCCAUCAGCGUCAGCGGCCAGAACAGCCUGUGUCACCAGAUCACAGCAGCCUGUAAACACGGCCCUGACCUCUACGUGGUAGGGGGGUCCAUCCCUCGCCGCAUGUGGAAGUGUAACAUGCAGACCAUGGACUGGGAACGCUGUGCACCGCUGCCACGAGAUCGUCUCAGCCACACCAUGGUCUCGGUCUCGCUCCAGGACGCCGUCUAUAGUCUGGGUGGUAAGACGCUCCAGGACACCCUGUCCAACGCUGUCAUUUACUACACUGUGAAGGACAACGUGUGGACGGAGUCUAGCCAGCUGGAUACGGCCGUGUCCGGGGCGGCGGGAGUUAACCUGGGAGGAACCAUCUACAUACUAGGGGGGGAAGAGAACGACAUGGACUUCUUCACCAAGCCGUCACGACUCAUCCAGUGCUUCGACACGCAGACUCAGAAGUGCCAGUUGAAACCUUACGUUCUGCCGUUGGCGGGGGUGAUGCACGCCGCCGCCCACAUGGAUCUGCUGUUCAUCGUAGCGGAGGGCGACUCGCUGGUGUGUUACAACCCGCUGUUGGAGAGCUUCACCAGGCUCCGCUUCCCCGAGGUCUGGAGCUGCGUGCCGUCCUUCUGGAAGGUGGCCAGCUGUAACGGUUCCAUCUACGUCUUCAGAGAGAGGUGUACGAAAGGAGACGCUCACACGUUGAAGUUUAACCCGGCGACGUCGGCCGUGACUGUUAUCAAGGGGAUUAAGAUUCUGCUGACCAACUGGCAGUUUGUCCUGGCUUAAACUUUAAACUCACUAAGGUGAGGAAUAUAAAAUAUUCAGACCCCUUUAUGUUGACCACAUUUUGUUACGUUACAGCCUUAUUCUCUCAAUCUACACACUAUACCCCAUAAUGACAACGCAAAAGCAGGUUUUUAGAUGUUUUUGCAAAUUUAUAGAAAACCCCCGCCCCAGAAAUAUCUUAUUUAUAUAAGACCCUUCGCUA